UUGAUUUUUGGUCAUCAGAAGUAUUUUUAAAAAGUUAAUCAAUCAAAAGAACAAUCUAGGGGAAACAGACUUUUUUAUUAUAGCAGAUUCGCUGCAAACUAUUUGUUUUAGAACAGUAUAAUAAAACCAACUGGAUGCUUGAGGAAAUGAAUCAGAACUAUAACAGCUCUCAUCCCUUGAGAUGCUCUGAUUGGCUGACACAUUAUUUCCUUCAGGAUCUCCUUUGCGCAAAGGUUGCCUUUGCAUGUCAAUACUGUCUAUUUACAGCAACAAUAUAGGCCUAUACACAUAUUCACAAAUAGCCUAGCUCUUUAUACAGUUUAUUUAGAGAGUACUGCAGAUUCAUACCCAAGACAGUCUAAAUCACUACUUUAAUCAUAAAGUCAACUCGAACCACACAUAAACGACCUAAAGUGUUCACGCUGGCACCUCAGAACCUCACAGGCGUGUUAUGCUGUUGUGUCUUCAUUGCAACAUCCUGUCCUUUAUUCACAAAACAGUCACAGACAAGUGUCUCAGCAGCUAAUUCAAAACUCAUUAGAAACAAGCAAUUGCAGGGCGGACUCCCAAAGGGAUGCAGCUUUCUAAUCAACGUUCCCUAUCCUGCAAAGCCCAUCCAACGGGGCGGCUCAUAACUAACGUUUCCACAGAGAAAUUAAACCGAGGCGUCAUUAUGAAAGGAGAUGCUCCUCUGAUGAUUUCAUUACAACAGUACCAUAUGUUUCAUGGUAUAUUAUAGAUAUUGAUAAUGCUAUAGCAUUUCGUCUUGGUUAAGUUGUGCCAUUUCUUCUCAUUUUAAAGAAACAAAAGCAAUAAUUAACUGAACGCUCAGGCAAAAUGGGUCAAACUUCAUGUGGACCUACUAUCUUUUUUUUUUUUUUUUUUUUUUUUUAUAAAGAAGGCAGUUUUAUGCAAAGAGAUUUUAUGUCAGUGAGUUUAAAUGUAGAUCAAGUCUCACUUAAAGGAAUAGUUCACCUAAAAAUGAAUAUUUUGUCAUCAUUUACUCACCCUUAUGUUGUUCCAAACCUGUAUGAGUUUCUUUUGAACACAAAAGUAGAUAUUUUGAAGAAUGUUGGUAACCAGACAUUUGAUCCCAUUGGACCCCAUUGACUCCCAUAAUAUUUUUUUCCUAUGGAAGUCAAUGGUUUGACUACCAACAUUCUUUAAAAUAUCUUAUUUUGUGUUUAACAGAAGAAAGAAACUCAUACAGGUUUGGAACAACUUGACGGUAAGCGAUGACAAAAUUUUCAUUUUCAGGUGAACUAUCCCUUUAAAUCUUUGGCUCCUCAGGAAAUCACCUCAGAUGUCUUUCAGAAGAGAUUUCAAACUGUGCUCAGAUUUGUCAAGAUAAUCUGCAAUCAAAAUACAAACUCAAACAUCUCAGAUCAAAUUCUUCCAAAAUCAAACUAUUCGAGAUAUUCUAACCACAUAUACACUCACUGUAUGUGCAAACAAUGUUCUCAUUAGUGCUUACUUGCAAUUAUUUUACGUUAAUUCAAGAAGAAACAAAACAAGACAAAGUUAAUAUUGUCGUGAAACAUAACGGAGAACUCUUGAGCAAUAAUAAUGUCUUUUGGGAUGCCGGUGUGUGUGUGUGUGUGUCCGUGUGUGUUCAGCGAUUACGCAUCUCGCGCGCGUCCCCGGUGGCGCAGAGCGUGUACGGAGUCAUCCCGCUGCUGUAGGCGGGGGCGAGCCCCUUUGCCCGUCAUAUUAAUGUGCUUUCCCGCUAUUCUAGUCCAUGAAACAGCACGCAAGUAUUGGCUCUUGUGUUGUCCUUCGUUUGCAAACAGUGGACAGGAACUUAACCCGUCUGUAUUGACAGCUGCUGAAGUCCUAUACAAUGACUCGUCGAAAGCAGGCGAAGCCCAGAUCUUUGAAAGGUCAAGAUGACAGGUUAAAUACAAAGGAAGAUGGCGUGAUUUUGGGGAAGAAACGUUGCUUCUUGGAAAGGAGAAAAGAAAGGGAUGAGGAGAGUGAACAACAUGGGCAGGAGAGGGAUGAAGGUGCUGAAGAACAUGAGAGUGCAAACAUACAGCAAUCAGAAUGCAAACCGACGUACUGCCAUGGUUCAGCAAAUCAUAAUGUUGGGGAAGAUGAAAUAUGUUGUUUAGCAUCUCUUUCCUCUGCUGACCAUGAAGAUAGAUGCGAACUUGGAUUCAAGGAAGCCACACAUAGAGAUCAUCAGAGACUGUGCAGGAGGGCAAACACCCCUUUGCUUGGAAAUAGUUCAGUACCUCUCAAAAUAUCCCAAACGGAUAUCAGCAGUGAGAGCCCCACAAAAAGCAAACAGGGCUUGAGUAAUCAGUAUGAACAGGGUAGUGCUAUGUCCUCCCGACAUCUCUCUCUUGUGGGGGAAUCUGGGAAAAAACAACCUCGAAAUUUUCCUUCACAAGAUCAAUCAAGCUUCUCAAUGGCAGAAUGCACUUGUGCAACCUCACACAUCUCCAGUCCAGCCACUCCAAAUGCUGCAGAACUGGCUCCUUGUGUAGAAAAGAGAAAGUCUCAGUUUGUCUCAAACAGUUGUUUAGGAAUCUCCAAAAAGCUCAAGGUUUUCAAUAAUUGUGUUCAUUGUCACAUGGACCCUAGAGCACGUCCACAGACCCAACUCAAGGACAAUGAAAUCCACUCAAGCUCUGAGACUUUUCCAUCCGAACUAAAGGAGCACCAGAAAGAGGCUAAUGUGAUGCUAGGACACUCCGUGUUGCUUGAAGCCGCAAUCACAGCGGCUGUUCAGACGGUUCUUCAGUGUAGCUUCUGUCCCACAUCUUUAAAGGACCUGAAAGCUCUUCAAGAGCACGUUCGCCAAUCACACAACUCGGCUUUAAUCGAGAGCAACGUCUUUUUCUGCUCGCAGUGCUUCCGAGGAUUCCUGACAAAGGACACGCUAGAUAAUCAUGUGCAGCAGACACACUGUAAAAACCAGAGCCUGAAACUUGAUCCAGAUGCGGAAGAACCAGGAGAAAGGAAGUCUUUGCAAUUCUGUCCAUACUGCGCCCAUUUUCCUACGUUUAGCAGUAAGAUAAAACUGACGCAGCAUAUCAAAAAGACACACAAGAACUUGAUGAACCUUAAAGAGGGAAGGAGGACAAUGAGUUCACCCCAGUCAAUCAAGAGUCUGGCUAAAAAAACUAGCCAUGGUGUAUUACCCUCAACCGACUUCGUCUGUGACCACUGUGGGGCUAAAUACACCAAUUUGGAUCUGUUUCAAACUCACUUGAGUUCCCACCUUAAGAGUAUGCUUCCAAAACUCACGUGUCCAGAGUGUUUCAAGGAUUUCCCAAACCAGGAAUCUUUUAAGGAACACACAGUGUCUCAUUUUAGCAAUUCGUCUACGCUCUACAUCUGUGAGAGCUGCAGUAAGUCCUUCACCAGCGUCAAAGACUUACACGGGCACCUACUUGAGAUGCACACCGUUGUGUUUUACAGAUGCUCCCUCUGCCAGCAGGUGUUCGACUCUAAGGUGUCUAUUCAGGUUCACCUGGCCUCUGAGCACAGUAACAAGAGAACCACGUUCCACUGUACAUCGUGCGAAUGGGACUUCAAGCAAGAGCAAGACUUGCACCUGCAUGUCAAACAGAAACAUCUUGACAAACAAUGCAAGAUGUACUGUUGCAUCUUCUGCGCAGAGUCCUUUACCACAGACAUCGAGUUGCAGUGUCAUAUCACAACACAUAGCGACAAAUGCAGUCCCUGCGUCUGUACCAACACCAGAUCUCCCCUCGAGGUCGAGAAACUCUGUGCCAAGAGUGCUGAAGGUAACAACGUGACCCCUCCACCUGUCUCCGAACCAGUUGCCAAGGACAGCGCUGGAAUGCUGCCAGUGAAUAGUGAAAUAAGAGUCGGUAAGGUGGAAUCGCUGUUCAGCCCCCCUACCGAAAGCAAAGGAAAGGCAAAUCUGAACGAUCCUAUGUUUGCCUGUGAAAUCUGUGGUGCUUCUUACACCAUGCAGUCCUUGCUCGCCAACCACCAGCUGCGAGAUCACCACAUCCAGCCCGGGGAGAGUGGCACUCUCAAGCGCAAAGUGGAGGCAAUCCAAGGGAGCCACAAAUGCAAAGACUGUUCCAAGACCUUCUUCACUGAGAUGGCACUGUGGGAGCACGUCCAGACUCAUCUAGGCCCCACCAAGCACUGCCAAUGCCCCAUCUGUGGAGAGCGCUUCCCUUCCCUGCUAACUCUGACUGAACACAAGGUCACCCACAGCAGGAGCUUGGACACGGGCAACUGCCGCAUCUGCAAGCUUCCUCUUCACAGUGAGGAGGACUUCCUGGAACACUGUCAGAGGCACCCAGACCUGCACAACUCGCUGACAGGCUUCCGCUGUGUCGUGUGCAUGCAGACUGUCACCUCCACUCUUGAGCUGAAAAUUCAUGGAACUUUCCACAUGCAGAAGGUCCAGGGUGAUGAUCUGAUCAGCAGCUGCAUGGAUCCCUCCAGCCUUAAUCCUGACCUUAAAAUCUCCUCAAGUGUUGCUCAGCAGGAAACAGUCACUAUGAAUGUCAGUACUUUUGAGCAUAGACUCCGAGACAGUAAGACUGGCAUUUCUGUAGUCAACUGUUGUUCGGCUACGGCACUCAUUCCAGAGGAGAGAAACAAUAAGAACACUCUCACCCAGACCACAACAGUUUGAGCUAAUCCUAAAUAAAGGACAUCAUUUAAAAAAGGACAAGAUAUGUACACUCUAACAAAAUGCUGGGUUAAAAAAGGUUGAAAAUGCACAAACCCAGCGACUGGGUUGUUUUAACCCAGCAGUUGAAUUAAACAUGCUGUGUAGUUUUAUUUAACUCAACUAUUGUUUAAAAAUUAAUAUGUGGCUGGCAUAAAAUGCACCCAAAAUAGAUUGGAAAUUAAAAAUCAGACACAUAAUUACUAGAGGCCACAAUAAUAAUCAAAAGGUGAACAUUUAUUAAUAAGCAAUUUAAUAAAUGUUUGUUUAAUUAUUAUUCAUUUAUUAAACAUUAAUAAAUGUUAAUUUCCAACCUACUUUUGGUUCAUUUUAAGCAAGCAAUACAGUAAUUUUUAAACAAUAGUUGAUUUAAAUAAAACUACCCAGCAGGUUGGGUCAAACAUUUAACCCAACCGCUGGAUCUGUCCAUUUUCAACCCAACUUGUGUUCAUCUCAAAUUUGGGUCAAAUAUGGACAAACUAGGCCGUUGGGUUACCUUUUUUUUUUUUUUUUAUAAAAAGUUUAACCCAACGGUUGGGUUUGUCCAUAUUUGACCCAAAUUUGGGGUAAAACAACCCAGCAUUUCUUUGAGUAUACACUCUAAAAAAUGGUGGGUUAAAAACAACCCAAGUUGGGUUAAAUAUGGACAAACCCAGCGAUUGGGUUAAAUGUUUGCCCAACGUGCUGGGCAGUUUUAUUUAACUUAACUAUUGUUUAAAAAUGACUAAAUUACUAAAACAACAUAAUUUCUGGGUUUGUCCAUUUUCUACCCAACUUGGGUUGUUUUUACCCAACAAAAUGCUGGGUUGUUUCAACCCAAAUUUGGGUCAAAUAUAGACAAACCCAGCCGUUGGGUUAAGUUUUUAAAUUAAAUUUUUAACCCAGUGGUUGGGUUUGUCCAUAUUUGACCCAAAUUUGGGGUGAAACAACCCAGCAUUUUUUAGAGUGUACUUUUCUGAUUGUUUGUGUACUGGAGUACUUGUACAUUAUAUUAUGUAUUUAGGCCCUGAAUGCGUGAAGACAUGUUUCGGAGAGGCUGUUUUCUCACUUAAAAGCAGUUUUCUUGUUUGAGAUGCUUUGCAAAUGACUAAUUCUCCCAAGUGCAAGGCUAAUCUUCACUGGACACUUUUGAGGUUCUGAACUCAGAUUUACUGCCAUAUUUGGAUCAUUUCCUCUCUCUUUGUUAAGAUAAAUCCUUGUGUUAAGAAAUGGAACUGGAUCUUUGUGGAUCUAGACAGUAAUGAGUUACUGAUGAGUGAAACUGCAGAUGCGCAGAGGGGCACAAAAGAGGAUGAGAUGUGGGCAGUGGGACUCGAUGUUCUGAGGGAGAGAGUCAUUAGCAGUGUUUAAUCUAAUUGAAAUCUGAGCAGGCCUCUUGGUAAACUUUAUGGAUUAGAUGUAGGGCUUUUGGACAAUGACAUCUGAUAAUCACAAAAGAGUUGUAAUGUUAUGUAUUUUUAUUUUGUAUUAUGUCUUUUUAGUAAAAUACCUUCAUCUCUGCCUUUUUUUUUUUUUUAAUAUAAUUUUGACUCCCAAUUUAAACUGUCUUGUUAGUUAUAUCUGUACAUGAUGUUCUAUUGCAAAAAAAAAGUAAAUUGUGUUUAUGAGUCAAUGUGCAUGUGUGUAAGUGGUGUGUGUGUGCAUUUUCAGGUCUCCACACUCUAAAAAAUGCUGGGUUAAAAACAACCCAAGUUGGGUUAAAAAUGGACAAACCCAGCGGUUGGGUUAAAUGUUUGACCAACCUGCUGGGUAGUUUUAUUUAACUCAACUAUUUAAACUAUUAUUUAACUUGUUUAAAAAUGACUGUAUUGCUUGCUUAAAAUGAACCCAAAGUAAGUCGGAAAUUAACAUUUAUUUAUGUUUAAUAAAUUAACAUUAUGAAUAUGAAGUUUAAUGAAUAAUAAACAUUUAUUAAAUUGCUUAUUAAUAAAUGUCCACAUUUUGAUUAUUACUGUUGCCUCUAGUAAUUAUGUCUGAUUUUUAAUUUCCAACCUAUUUUGGGUUCAUUUUAAUCCAACCAUAUAGUCAUUUUUAAACAAUAGUUGGGUUACAUAAAACUGCCCAGCAUGUUAGGCAAACAUUUAACCCAACCGCUGGGUCAAAACAACCCAACUGUCCAUUUUCAACCCUACUUUAGGGUUGUUUUUAACCCAGCAUUUUUGUUAGAGUGUAUUGUUGAUUAAAAAAAAAAGAUAAGAAAAACACUAUCAUAUUUUUGGACUAAUGCAGUUUAACAAUGAUUUUCUUAGUCUUCAGUAGAACAUUUAUAAAAUCAUAAAUUAAAACUACUGAUUAUGACAAUAAUAAAAUGAAAUAAGUUGUUCUGUUAGAAAAAAAAUGUUUUAACAUUUCUUAGCUCCUUAAAUUAUUAUUAUUAUUAAAGUAUUAUUAUUAUUUUUCACUUGAUACUAAACCUUGUUACCAUACUUGACAAUAAUACAUCUGGGCCAUAAAUUUUUACCUUUAGGGGACCAAUGACUUACUUUUGGGCUUUAUUAGGGGUGAAACUGAAUGGCAGGAUUUUACGUCCUCAUUACUAAAGUGUUUGUGCAUUUGUGUAACUAUUUAUUAGCAGUACAACCUCCCAUUUCAUGAACAAAUGAUUUCAUCUUUAAAAAUGUAUCUAAAUAUAUGCAAUGCAGCACAAAGUGAUGUUUGUGCAUGUUUCUGAGAUUGGAAAUAAGGUAAUAGAGCCAUGUGAAGCUGGAAGCCACCAGGACAAACUGAGCACUACCUCAUUUGGAAAUACCCCUCAAUCACCAUGACAGCAGCUGGGAUUUGACCACAGACACAGGAAGGAAAAGAGACAUAAUUUUGGGCACAGCUGUGCUGUAAAAAAAAUGCAUUUGUCAGAAACAUUAUAUUAUAAUAUUAUUAAUACACCCAGCCAUAUGAGUGCAGGGAGUUAAAGAAUCUGUAAAAACUAUAAAAAGUCUGUAUCAGAAACAUGACGGGGUUAAUGAAGGGUCUGCUCCAGUCUCAUUAUUUAUUAUCGUAAUACAAAUGCUGAUGAUUUUUUAUUUUCAUGCUAUGGAGACGAGUGAUCAUCCCAGAAAAUACAAGUUUGAAUGAAAACAUGAACUUGGUUUUCCUUUUGUGUGUCCAGGCUUUAGGCCAAGAUAAAGUCGGCUGUGAAAACAUGAUGCCGGGUAAUGCCCAGACCAUCUGUCAAUGAGUGUCUCUCGAGUGGGUCGAGUGAGAGGAGAAAUGGCAAAAAAAACGGUGCAGUAGAGUUUUUAAGGUUGCGGGGUUAUAGAGUGUUACUGGCACAGAGACGGCUAAUAUUGAGUUCGAACAACUUAACAUUUUUAAUUCUACAAAACCUGGAUUCUCCAUUUAAAGAUGCAUUAAGUACAACACGGUGAAGUGCCAGAAGUGCAAAUUUGUCUUAUUCUUACAGAGAUAAGAGUGAAAGUAAAUCUAGAGCUGAACUGCUAUCUAGAAAAAAUAGAGCUGACUAAGAUCCUUCAUGUUCGGUCAGGCCUGCUGUCCAGGUGCACUCCCAAGAAAUUUUAGGUCUGUGCCAUGUCAACAUCCUCCCGGGAUGGAAACUGGGGUGAAAGGUUUCUCUUCCUACCGAUGUCCAACAUCAUCACCUUGUUUUUUUUUUUUCCACAUUGCGUCACCAAUCAUUCCUCUGUGCUCUCCCUUCUCUUCACGUCUCACAUAUCCAACAAUCCCAUAUCCCCUGAGUACUUCUGCAAACAACACCAAUGACGGUUUUAUCCAAUGAUGAUUUAACAGAAAGAGUAAACAAGAAGGGAUGCUCCCUUGGGGAUGGGAUCCAGUAUAAACUGCCCACUCACAAACAGGUGAAAAAAAAGUCAGUUUUUAUUUACACAAAAGAAGGUAUUUUGAAGACUGUAACCAAACAGCUGAUGGACCCCAAAAAAAUACUAUGGAAGUCAACGGGGUCCAUCAACUGUUCUUCUUCAAAAUAUCUUCUUUUGUGUUCAACAGAAGAAAGAAAUUCAUACAGGUUUGGGACAACUUGAGGAUGAGUAAAUGAUGGCAGAAUUUUUGGGUGCACUAUCCCUUUAAAUACAUGACUGCAAGGUAAAAGUGGGACAGCACUCCCCCCUAUUGGCUGAAUAUGUGACAGUACAGCAUCAGUCUCACAAUUAGUUUGUUUUUAAAUGGAUUUUAACUAUGUUUAAAUAGUUAAAAAUGUUGUUGUUAAAAAUGUACUGGCACUGUUGUACAGCCUAUUUUUGAUUCUAUGGUGUAAUUUAGCUUACACUAUUAUGUCACAAUACAUUUUAAUUGGCAUAUUUGAAUUUGAUUUGCAAUAAGCUCAUAUGAAAUGUUGCAGCAUUUUCAAAGAACAUCUACAGGUUUAGCGGAAAGAGCGGGAACGCAUUAAAAUCAAUGAAAAAGCCUUUUAUAGGCUAUAGUUUCGCAUGUUCACAUCAUGACCAGCAGGUGGAGGUGCGAGAUUAUGUGUAAAUACGAAUGUGUGUGAACGUAGAUGUCUUUAAUAUACAUGUUUUACAUACUACGUCUCGACGUUGUGAAGCUUCUGGUUAAAUACGUCAGCAGUUCGACGGUUUUCCUCCCCCCGUCUCCCACUCGAGCCUCGAUGGGUGAGGUCUUGUUGUCAGCACCGCCUGAUAUGGCUCCUGCAGUCAGCUGUUUCCCGUUAUGUCCCAUUAUUCCCACAGACUUACCUGUUUCAGGAUGUUCGUGCCAAAAUACAGUUAAAGGAAUAGCAGGCGUGCCAUUACACUGACAGUAAUUUGGCGCGUCCCUGAGUGUGCACGCAUGCGCACAGUGAAUAAGAAAAAGAAAAAAAGCUAUUUUUUUUUUUUUAAAUUAAAGGGUUAGUUCACCCAAAAAUGAAAAAUAUCCCAUAAUUUACUCACCCUCAGGCCAUCCUAGGCUUAUAUGACUGUCUUCUUUCAGUCAAACACAAUCGGAGUUAUAUUAAAAAAAAAUUCUGGCUCUUCCAAGCUUAUAAUAGGAGUGAAUAGUAAUCGAGAUUUUGAAGUCCAAAAAAGCACAUCCGUCAAUCAUAAAAGUAAUCAACACGACUUCAGGAGGUUAAUAAAGGACUUAUGAAGCAAAGUAAGAAAAAUAUCCAUAUAUAUAACUUUAUAAACAAGAAUCACUGGUUAAUAAAGGGUGUCAACUCAACCAGAGGUCCCUGGCUCAAAUUUCUGAUUUUGUUCAUAUUUUUUUUUUCUGUAGAAAGACAAACAUAAAUAGUGAUGAAAGCCAAAAUAUUAAAUGUCACAGAUGUAUGUUUACUGAGUAAUCCACCAUUUUGUAGAGGGGGGUCAAAAUUACCAUUUUUACCUGAGAUUUGGAGACAAAUUACAGGGGUGUAAAAUGACUUUAGAAAGAUGGCAGCAACAUUAUUUUAUUUUUACACAGAGAGUGGUAGAGCUAUUAGUAAAAUCUGUUGACUUUAGCAAUCUUUGUUUCAUCAUAUGCCAACUAUGACAGUUCAAAAAUGGCAAAAGCACUUCUUGUGUGUUUUUUUGCCUCAAGCUUGCAUGCCUGUAACUCAGGAAGUAUUAAAGAUGUCUUAAUAUUCUUUCAGAUUCUGGUUCUUAACAAACUUUCCUUUUGGUAUGUUCAUUUUAAAGGCCCUCGAUGGUUCAAUCCCAGAGAUAUGGAGAUCUUAAUGCGGCUCUAUGAGUAAAUUGGUAAAAUAUACACAUUUUCAGAGGUCAAAAACCAAAUGUGGGUCACUUUGCAAACAGCUGAUAUUUUUUUUUAUUUUAAAGAGGAAUAUCUAAAGAACAAAUAAUGUUAAAACUCAUUUUUUUUUCUAUAAUCUCAAUGGCAUAGAACAUACCUGUCCGAGUGCCAUAAAUAUAAUUUUUCUAAAGUCGUCAUGCCUGUAACUCAAAUUAUUCAAGAUAUCUUAAUAUCCUCCUAAAUUCUCAUUCUUAAUAAACUUUCCUUUUAAAAUCUUAAUUUUCAAAGCCCUAUAUAGUAAAUUAUGGGAUAAUGUUCAUUUUUGGGUGAACUGCAAGGUAAAAUGGUCAAUUCAGACGUUGAACCCUGUAUUUUAAAGAAAUAAAAAAAACAUUACUUAUAAAAAAUAUAUAGAUAUUACACUAAUGACGGGCAUGAAAUAGUCUUAUGGUAGGUGAUGUAUUUUGAAUGAAAAGUUCACGACACUAAAAUAUAUGGUUUUGAAAGGUGAUCCCAUGGGAGAGAGUGAUGAAUUCCCACAGACAGUUAGGUAGAUCUAAGGACUGAGUGCCUGAAUACAGGAUGUUUCUGUAGAGCCUUCCUUUGUUAAUGCAUUAGUAAUUCACACACUUCAUGAAACAUAUCAAGAGGGAUACUCUGAAAGAAAGAAAGAGACAAAAGGAAAUGGCUUUAAAGGAAAAACUCAAACUCUGGAAAUCUGUUAUAGAUUUGUAAAGAACUACAGUAGGCCUAGAUCAAUGUAAUAUAGGCCAAACAAUGGCACUGCCAUAUUUACUAUAUGUAGUCUGCAGAAUAAAGAAGUCUUUUCUGAAUUUCCGUUGUUAACCAUCUUCCACAGAAACAGUUUAUUUCACACAUUUGAUGUGAAUAGUUUUGUAUAGUGAUGAGAGAUGUGUUAAGUGGUCAUGCUUUCAUGACGUCUAGACUAGAUUACUGUAAUGCAUUACUAGCUGGUUGUCCUGCUUCCUCAAUAAACAAGCUACAAUUAGUACAAAAUGCAGCUGCUAGAGUUCUUACCAGGUCAAGAAAAUAUGAUCAUAUAACACCAAUUUUAUCAUCUCUUCACUGGUUACCUAUUAAGUUCCGUAUCGAUUAUAAAGUACUGCUAAUGACCUAUAAGGCUCUAAGUGGUUUAGCUCCUGUGUACUUAACCGACCUUUUAUCGCCCUACAAUCCUUCACGCUCUUUAAGAUCACAAAACUCUGGACUUCUGGUUGUACCUAGGAUAGCUAAGUCCUCUAAAGGAGGGAGAGCGUUUUCACAUUUGGCUCCUAAACUCUGGAAUAGCCUUCCUGAUAAUGUUCGGGGCUCAGACUCGCUCACCCAGUUUAAAUCUAGAUUAAAGACGCAUCUCUUUAGCCAAGCAUUCACAUAAUCCAUCUCAUAUCAGAUCAAUUGCACAUGACUAUCUUUGCUUAAUGUUAUGAACAGCAGCUAUGCUAAUUAUUCUCCAUUUGCUUUUCUGUUUUACCUCGGGACGCCCGUCCCGAGGUGACUAGAGAGUACAUCAGUUUCAGUUUGGAUCCAGCCUCUUAAGAAGACCUCAGAUGACUAAAACUUUGGAAGAGACGGCGCCAACUCCUGCGAUGACUUCAGAAGAUGCAACAUCUGGAUCAACACGCACAUUCACAUUCUAUAAAUCCUAAUUAUUGUUAAUAUGUAAUUCAUUUUUCCAGGAGCUCUUUGCUUCUACCUCCAAUUACAUUGUUAACAGUGAUUGUAUGUUAAUCGCCUAAAUUAUUACAUUAUUAGCUAACUGCAGUCUCCAAAUUGUAAUGUUGACAUGCAUUCUCUGUAAAGCUGCUUUGAAACGAUAUGUAUCGUGAAAAGCGCUAUACAAAUAAAUGUGAAUUGAAUUGAAUUGAAACUGAGGCAGUGCGACUGCUAUUUACCAGCCAGAUGACCAGUGCUUCACAACAGGGGCGGGUCCUACUGGGCUUAUUGUUUGCUAUUGGCUGAGGACAGCUGCUGGCUACUUAAUUAUUCAUUGAGGGAAGGGCCAAUUAGGAACUUAUCUUGGACACUGAGUUAAUUAUUCAGGAAAGACAUACCAGAUGACCAUGUGUUUGUCUGGCUUGUAGCUUUUGCAUUAAAGAAUUUUGUUACACUCAAAAGUGUGAAGGA